AUGUACACAUCCAUCUACUUCAUUCUAAAUACUCUCCUGGCCUCGAACCUGGCCAGCCAAACCUACGCCAGUCCGUUCCAACCCCAGGUUGACCAAAUCCGCGUCCCUGAACCCGUCAGUCCCAAUACGCACUGGCCCAAUUUCAAUGACAUUAUCUCCCAAGUGACCCAGCCUACCGAAAAAGAAGAAUCCCUCUCUGGCUCACUGGGUCUGCGCUAUGGCAGCUGCUACUACAUCGAGAACCGACAAGGUGACACCCUAGGCUCAGACGGUGGGGUCUACAGCUACUACAAAUUCGGAAGUUCCAAGAGAAUCUUCCAAGUGUGGUAUUCCAGAGGCUUUCCCUGGAAAGAUGGAAGUUCGUAUCAAUUGGUGCCGGACGGCGGGAAAUUCUACCUGUGGGAUCCGAAGGGAAGCAGCGUGACCAACGGCGGAAGUUGGAUUGCAACCAACCUCGGCGGCAACACGUAUCCUGGAUUUUACAGUUACUACUAUUACCUCCAUUUCAAGGGUCGCCGUGAUGAUCACGGAUCUGGGGCUAUGCCACAGAGCGAAAACGAGAUGCAUAUGAUGGGGUCUCGGUAUCCUGUUACGUUGGAAAUUGCUAAGGUCGAGCCUCCUAAUGGCAUUCCUAAUUACAAGGGAUUGACGAUUUCCAACGGCUACCUCCAGAAUCGGAAUAACGAGGAUUCGGUUGAUGUUCGCUUCCAUGAGGUCUCUUGUCCUGUGGAUGGAGCUGAUGACUAG